AUGAGGAUGGCUAAUGCAGCGUCGGGGAUUGCUGUGCACGUUGAUUGCAAACAUAGUUUUUUGGAAUUGAAGGAAAAAAGGACUUUCCAUUUUGUUGUGUACAAAAUUGAAGAGAAGGAUAAGCAAAAGCAAAUUAUUCUGGAGAAGCUUGGCGAGUCAGCUGAAAGCUAUGAGAAUUGCCAAAAGAGAAAGGUUUUCUUCAUCCAUUGGUCUCAUGAUACCACAAGGAGAGAGCUUGACGAAAUUCAGGUAGAGUUGCAAGCAACUGAUCCUACUGAGAUGGAUCUUGAUGUCAUUAGAAGUCGAGCUUUUUAA